UUAAGUGUUUAUUUGAUAUCUGUACCAUAUGACGACUUAUACCGUUACACGAUAAUCACGUAGGCUACAUUAUAUACAUUUCUAUUGUCGAUUCGGCGAAAUGAAGGUGGCUGUAUUAGGCGCUACUGGACCGUCAGGUCAAGCAGUUGUAGAAGAGGCAUUAAGCAGAGGACACGAAGUUUUGGCACUUGUCCGGAAUCCGGACGGUAUGACGGUCACACAUGAAAAAUUACAGGUCCAGAAAAUAGACCUUGCAGAUGAAGAAACGGUUAUUCCACAUAUGAAAGGGUGUGACGCAGUUGUGUCAUGUAUAGGUUCAAAGGCAUCAUUUUUUUCAGGAAUCACCUUAUACAGUGAUACCAUUAAAGUUAUUGCCUCAUCAAUGAGAAAAGCUAAUGUAAACAGAUUUGUGUGUAUGUCAGCAUGGGGAACAAAAUAUACACAAUAUGAACCGUGGUUUAUGACCUAUCUGUUGAGACCAUUAUUUCUGCGGACAGUAUUAGCUGAUAUGAGUCGCAUGGAGGAUUAUAUUCAGGCUGAAUGUCAAGAUAUUAACUAUACUGUGGUAAGACCUCCAGGACUAACUCUUAAUGAAUCUACAGGAAAGGAAAUCAAGACUAGUGAUGGACAGUUUGUACCAAAUACAAAAGGAAGCAUACCAAGAAAAGAUGUAGCUAAAUUUAUAUUACAAUGUUUAGAAACCCAUGACUGGGAUAGGAAAAUGGUUGCUAUUACAGUAUAAAUAUUAGAUAUUUCACAUGGUCGAUCAAAACCAAACUUGGUAAAGCAAAUAUUUCCAGUCCACUUAAAUCCGCUCUCUUACCUUGAAUGUUUUGGCAAACAAGUUACUGCAGGACUUAUUCACAUUAAGUUUUGAUAACUUCAUAAUAUUGAGAGAAUACUCUUCAAAACCUCACCCAAAUAAAUAAGUACAUGUAACUGUUUUCCCUUAAGUAUGUGUUAUAGUUUAUUGCCUUAUCAAGUUGCUAAAUGCCUCUAAAAGUUUACUGUUUUUAUCAGUGAUACCUUGCCCAUGGUCUACUUGAAUACAACUGAUAUCUUAUAAACUUUGUGAAUGGAUAUGAGUGCACUGGAAUAGAUAUUGGGAACAACUACCUGUUGCAAUAUUUAAGAACUCCUGAUUUUAGAAGACCACAAAAGCUUAUGGAUCAUAGCAUUUCUAUCAAAGAAAUAAGUUAAACAUCAAAUAUUUUCACUAUGUAACAGAUUGAAAUAAAGAUCAAGGCAGGAAAUAAUAUUCAAUUUCAUUUGCCUACCAAGAAUAGUCGUAUGCAAUUUAAUUUUAUUCAUGCGAUCAUUAAAUGCUUUGUGACAGCCCUUUGUUCAAGUAAUUUACAAUUUGAUCAAAGCAGGGCAUUACAUUUUGUAUAUAUGUUUUAAACAUCUAUUUAGAUAUUAUACAAGAACAUUUUCAUACACUUUUUAGUGCAUUUAUUUUAAAAUAUAUAUUUUCUAGUCAGUCUAAGUAAAAUUUUGUAUGAUCUAACAAUACCUUUUAGAGAUAUGUGUCCAUCUUACCUGACCUUUGCUCUAGCCUAUUAAUAGAGGCUUUUGUUUGUACAAGAUUGAUUUUAAAGUUGCAAGUGCAAGGUAAGAGAUAAUUGAUAAAGAAGUAGUUACAUGUACAUGUAAACCUUCAUGACAACAAAAAUUAAAACACAAAAUAAAAAUCAAAUUUUAUUUACUGGUAGAUGGAUUUUAUGCCACUGAUUUAUUCAUUGGGGAAGAUCACAUAGCUAAUAGGCCAAAAUUGUUUUGUGCACUAUAAUGGAAGGAUACUACUGGAGGUACCAAGGAUGCAUGCUCUAUCAUAUAUUAAAUAUUCAAACACUUUUGUAAUUCUAUAUUAAAUAUUCAAACACUUU